AUGUCACAAAACGCCGCUCAGAUUCGAAAGCAGUUAAUCAAUUUGGAAAGAGAAGAGAGAGCUUUGCAACGACUUCAUGUCCAUUUUACAGGAUUACUACGAGCUGUAGAAUUAGAGUCAAUGCGAUUAAAUGCAUUGAAAAGCAUAGUUCAAUCUUCACAACGUGCAUCAAGUCCGAAUGCUUCUUCAGUACCAGAUUCGAUCAAAACGUUAGAUUCUUGA